AUGGGCCGAGCAUCCCGCUCCCCUCUCGCCUCGAUCGAGCACACCACCACCCGAACCCAACGCAUCCUCCCUCUCCGCACCAGCCUCCCAUCGCAAAGCGCAACACCCGUCCAAGCCCGGCAAACCCAGAACCUCCUCAAUGCCAUUCCCUCCAGACGCUGCUUCUCGACGACUACCCUUCGGUCCCGCGCCAAGACGAUGGGCCAGCUCCGCGCGCGGAAUUCCACGGGCCCGUUCUCGUGGAAGGCGGCGUUGCUCUUCGUCUUGACCGGUGGUGGUAUGUUGGUGUAUUUCCGGGUUGAAAAGGAGCGAUUGGAGCGGAAGCGGAUUGCUGAGAUGAGCAAGGGUGUUGGGAGGCCGAAGGUGGGAGGACCGUUUACGUUGAAGGACUUGAAUGGGAAGGAGUUUACGGCGGAGGAUCUCAAGGGGAAAUAUAGUUUUGUCUACUUUGGUUUCACCCACUGCCCCGAUAUCUGCCCCGAUGAAUUGGAUAAGAUGGCCGAGAUUAUCGACAAGGUCAACGAAUCGACCAAGGGCGAGAGCGUCUUCCUGCCCGUCUUCAUCACCUGCGACCCGGUCCGCGAUACCCCCGAAGUGCUCAAGACAUAUCUUCAAGAGUUCCACCCCGGCAUCAUUGGUUUGACAGGAACAUACGACCAGGUCAAGAACGUCUGCAAGCAGUAUCGGGUGUACUUUAGCACACCGAGAGACGUGAAGCCUGGUGAAGAUUACUUGGUGGAUCACAGUAUCUACUUUUAUCUGAUGGACCCCGAGGGUGACUUUGUUGAAUGUAUCGGACGUCAGGACACACCCGAGUCGGCCACAAAGGUGAUCAUGGAGCACAUCAACGACUGGAAGAGAGAGGGAAGACCGUUGAAGACGGAGUAG